AUGGCUACAAAAAUAUUAACUCUAGGGAAUAUACUAAGCCGACCCAUUAAUUUACUUUUGAAGCAAAACAAUAUAAACUCUAACCUCAAAACGAAUUUCAGUACUACUACAGUAGCUUGUGUAAACUUUUUCAAUAAAUUGCCUGCAGAAAAAUUAUGGAAGUCCGUGACGUCUGUAAGUAAUGCUGGUGCUAAGAAGGGUCGUGGUAAGGGAGCAGGGCGCAUUCGUAUUCGAGAUUUAAACCGCGGCCAAGUCAUUGGUGUUGGAAAAGUCAAUAUGUUGUGGCCCGGUCUCUCUGCUCCUGUUAUUAGGGGCAGAGAACUUUUGAGACAGCAACGCCUACCUGAAGAUCCUGAAAGAUUAGAAAAGUUGAUUAAAAUCAGGGACUCAAUGAUAAAAUUUAGACGUUUAAAACUUAGUCCUAUAGAAAGGGGAUGGUCAGGUUCGAAAUUGCCUGGGCGAAGCAUUGGACCACCUGACAAAAUUGGUGAAGACGAGUUUACUGGUUUUGACACCAAAGUACUACAAUUAAGAGCACUGUUAAUUAUGAAAGGAAGUCUUGGACGUACUAGGAAUUAUCAAGCUAUGGUGGUGACUGGAAAUGGUCAAGGUCUUGCUGGAUUUGGGUUUGGCAAAGCAAAGGAAGCGCCAGCAGCUUUAAGGAAAGCCAAAAACAGAGCUGGACAGAAACUUAUGCACUUUGAAAUAUAUAAUGGACAUACAAUUAACCACGAUUUCUACACAGCAUUUGGCAAAACAAAAAUUUUUGUACAAAAGAAGAAUGAAGGCUAUGGUUUGGUGUGCCAUAGAGCUAUUAAAGAAAUUUGUCAAGCCAUUGGCAUCAAAGAUUUGAGGGCUAAAGUUGAGGGCUCUAAUAACUUGCAACACCUUGUUAAGGCAUUUUUCAUUGGUCUAUUGCAACAAAAAACCCACCAACAACUAGCUGAAGAAAAAAAACUUCACCUCGUAGAAUAUAAGUCCGAAAAUGCAUAUUUUCCGAAAGUUAUAGCCAGCCCGAGCGAGGUACGUACCAAGGAACAAAUACCCAAGGAUGAAACCUUGGAUUUCACACAGUAUGUCAUGAACGACAAGGUUAUAUUGAAGAAGAAGAAGUUUCCCCGCUUCUACGAGUCCAUGCCACAUUACAAAAUAUUCCUGAGGAAAUAUGAAAAGUACAGGAACCAUGAAAAAAUUCGUCUCAACCUGAAAGUUGAAUAUGGAGAGGUAAAAAGUUUCCUCACAGACAAAUAUCCAGAGAAAAAUGAACAGGAAGCUUAG